GUUCUUGACUGCAGAAAUGGAUGCAAACGCAAAGGUUUGACGGUAACGUGGACUGACUGAGUCGCCCGGUAAGUCACUUUCCAAACUUCCUUUUCACCUUCAGAUUUAAGGUCAUGAUCGAAAAGGAACAGGAGGGUUACGUUAGGAGAUCCGCAUUCCCAAAUUUUCUGUCUCAAAAGACUAUCAUAGCCAUCCUCAAUAGGGAAUCAGACACUAAGUGCUCCCUUUAAUUCUGCAUGACCCCUUGUCUUUAGCAUUAUUCACGCAUUGACAACCGGCUGUUGCUCUAACUCGCAGGCUAACCUUUCUUCUUGGCUGGGUUUUUUGCAGGAAGAAGAUAAAACGUUUGCGUAAAAAGUGCGGGUAUUAAUAGUGAUUCCUGUACGGAUAGCACACUCUAAGAAUUCUAGCACGAGCCGGACAGGUUUCCAUACAAAAACAGCAUUGAUUCUAUAACUUAACGCCAUUUAUUGCGAUGUUUCUUCACAGUUACCUGAGAAACACUUCUUUCGUUCUUCGCAUAAAGUAGCACCCAGCUUAGAUCUUUUUAGUUAGUUUGAUUAUAUAGUGAAUUCCUCAUUUUCAGUUAUUCAUCUCAUUGCUUCCUUUUCCUUUUGAAUAGUGAAUAUUUGUUUUAAAAAUGGUUGCCUUCAAGAGACUACUGAAAUGGACGUUUGCACUCUGCCUGUUGACAGUGAUUCAGGAGAAAACAGCGAACAUUUUUGCAGGUAAAAGUCCCCAUUUCAUGCUUGGACGUAUCAUUUGCUUCUUGACCUUAAAGAGAGUCCCAUAACCCAGGUUUAAGGGCUGCUACCUUAAGGACGUUCGUUGGCGUAUCUAGGGGAGGGUCGGAGGGGAUCAAAGCUUUUUUGCGUUGCUUUUAGGCCAAAACAGAAGCCUGUAGGGCCGAGCGCGAGGGUGCUGUCAUUGAAUGCUUCGUUUCCUCAAAGAGAGCGCCCCAGUUCAGUUCACGGUAGGAGAACAAGCAUAACCGCGAGAUCCUUCAUUGACUAUAAAACCACCAAGAGGCUGCUAAAAUUUGGUAUCAAACAUCGUGCCGGAGCGGUUUUCCGAGAGGAUUUGGUGAACUCCCAGCCCUUACUCCUGAAUAUAUACUUCCGUCUCAGUGAAUUCCAGUCCUCGCACCUACUUAAGCGCUUCCGCUAUGGUCUGAAUAUCUAGCUUCCGCUACGGUCUGAGCUUUUCAAACUGAACCAAAGUAUGGCACAGAACCUGUCCGAUAUGUGACGCUCCAAUUCUCGAGAUCGGCGCGACGCAGCUUCGCUCCGUUACAGUAAUCACGCCGAAAUCACCGUUCCUAUGUGUAAACAGAAGCCUUAUCGGCUUAGGUUUUCGUGCAGGCGCAAAAGGUAUCCGGUUUCGUGUAAAAAGCCUUAAAAGACUGCGUUUUACAUACAUUUAACUACGAAUAGAGCUUUUUACCGAUACGGCGGCCAUAUUGAAUUAAUUAGAUUUAAGGAGUAUUAUAGGAUGCCCAUGCAUGGGGCAUGAGCCAUUUCGUUUGUAUUUUCGGGCGCUUUUCGGGACAUUUUUUCUUAAAGUUUUCUUAGAAUAAGAUUGUAAUGGGAAAAAAGAUCUUUGUGCCGUGUUUGGAUGUAAUAAUGAUCGCCUUUUUUCUGAGAAAUAUACGGUGAAAGACCAUAUUUCUAAUACUAGACUAGAAAAAGGCGAUCAUUAUUACAUCCAUUACAUCCCCUUAAAAUUAGGUCCACUUAUAUUAAUUACAUGCUAUAAUUGAAUAACCAACUUUGUUUAAAUAAAUUGCAGAAGCUAAAAAGUUCCUCCUUUUCACCGAUGCUGAUGCCAAGGCCACAUAUACCAUUUCUUUGGAUGCAAGUCCUCUCGUCGCCAAAGGCUUGUUCCGUCAUCUUGGAAAUCAACGCCCAAUUGCUGUGGACUACGACCCUGUAGAGGACCGCGUAUAUUGGACUGAUGUUGCAGAAGGUCGUAUCCUUAGCGCUUUUUCCAAUGCGACUUGGAUGAAAUUUUUGGUUGACUGCAAUGUAAAAGUACCCGACGGCUUAGCUAUUGACUAUGUGGGUCGGAAUAUCUACUGGACAGACACAGGAACUAAUCGUAUUGAAGUAGCUCGUCUUGAUGGAACGAAAAGAAAAGUGCUCAUUAAGAAUGGACUUGACGAACCGAGAGCCGUAGUACUCGAUGAAAGAAAUGGGUGAGUAAAGGGUAUAAUAUUCCUGUGACAGUCAUGGUAACAAACGAUUUUCUGAAUUGGAAAAGAGCACCUAUAAAAGUUGGCCGAAUGAUACUCUGAGUGGCCUAGGAUGGCUAAAGCAGGUGCCCAGGCGGCGUGAUACCCGAGGCGAGGCGGCCUGGGUUUGUAAAAUUCUGUUGGAGACUUAUUACUGAGCUUUAACUCUAUAUUACGUCUUUAAAGGUGAUGUUACAGGUGACGAUUCGCAACGACGAUUUUUAGCGCAACACAGAGUUAGAAUGUUGGAACAAUGUUGUAACCAUGAAAAACAAUGUCGCAGCAAUGUUGCCACGCUGCAUUGCGCUAAAAAUUGUGGUGGCGAAUUGUCUCCUGUCGCGGGGGACACCUCGGGCUCAUUGUUAUGCAUUUAUUUAAAGUGUUCACAUGCACGUCAAAAUCUAAAUCCGGAUUUCCCAAUCGAACGCACUCUCAAUGUUGUGCCCAAUUCAAAUCUCCCGGGGUCAAGAUUCUUUGGGUACUGUAUUUGCAUUAUAAUGUUGCAUUCACAUUUAAAUGAUAUGGAAAUUCCUGAAACAAAACGUUUUAUACCCAAAGGGUUUGAAUUGGGUACAACAUUUAGUUAGCGGAAUAGGUCUAUAGAGGUUUUGACCGAUCAUUUACUAAUAAAAUCAAAGAGUGCUGUUUUCUAUUCUUUCCCGGCAAACUUGGACACUAAAUCACAAUUUCCCAAAUUGGUAAAACUGGUACAACUGUGUGGCUUUAAGAAUCGCUGCAAAGGGCGCUCUACCAAAUAAAAAACAACACUCCUAAACUUCCAUCAUUUCACAAUGUCUGUCAAUGCGUUUUAAAAGAUGCAGUACAAGCAAAAUUUUGCCUUAUGAAUUAAAAAUUGAUUGGUAUCCCCCACGGCCUUAAGGUGACUCGACCCAGUUUUUUUUGGGGGGUACCAACCUACUUUGAAGCUCUCUGGUAUCCCCACCUUUACUUUUAUCGUAAGUUUAACACAUAGAGUGGAUAACAUAUAGAUCAAUCUACAAUAUAAGAUAAAAUUUUUGGCGAUCGGAGUAAAUGUCACGUGGUUAUAACGCCACGCCCCUUUGAGGUCUGAGUCGAAAAUCUGCUGUUGCCCGCAUUUUUUCGUGAAAAUUUCUCGGCUACAUAUAGUGCGCAUUAGUGCCUUGCGCUGAACAGAGUUUCUCCAAAAUCGCAAAGACCCAAUUCGAGAAAUUCAGCGGUUUCCAAAUUUAGGUCAUAAUUUAUGCGAAAAUGAUAAGCAAACUUUACACGAUUAUAUCUAAUAAACUAUGAGAUUUAUCCCUUUAUUUUGGGGAUCGUUAUAACAGAUGGGUCCUUGCAAGUCAGCAAAACGCUUUAGGGCCUUGUAAAUGCGCGCGAUUUCGAGCAGAUCAAACAUAUAGAAAUUAUAAUUUUCGCUAUUUGUUGACGUUUGUCAGCGUUUAAGAGUCCUUCUCACGAAAAAAGCAUUUUCUUAAAAAUUCGUAGUUUUUUUUCCUUCAAAUUUUUUCAGUGCCACAAUUGAUUAACUAACUACCCGAACUCUGAAUUUCAUGGUCAUUGAAAAACUUUGACAUUAUCUUCUAUAAGCCCAAACUUGAGUAAACAUUGUAGAUUUUUAGCGUUUUGGCUGAGUUUGUGCUUUGGGAGUUGUCUAUCGUUUCUAGUCUGUCAUACAGCAUUCUUGUUCAGCACGCGUGCAAUGACCACGCUUGGCUGACUUGCAGAUUUUCGACUCAGACCUCAAAUGGGCGUGGCGUUAUAACCACGUGACAUUUACCCCGAUCGCCAAAAAUUUUAUUUUAUAUUGUAGAUUGAUCUAUAUGUUAUCCAUUCUAUGUGUUAGACUUACGUUAAAAGUAAAGGUGGGGAUACCAGAGAGCUUCAAAGUAGGAUGGUAUCCCCCCAAAAAAACUGGGUCGAGUCACCUUAAAUAAACGAAAAUGUCGGAUCAAGUAAUAAUUGUGACACGUAUUACUUCCUUUUGGCAAGGUUCCUCGGAUUACCUUAAGUAUCUGUCGAUAAAUAACACCUAUCUUAAAAACCUAGAGUUACUGAUUUUCUUUAAACAGGAUGAUGUAUUGGACAGACUGGGGAUCAAAUCCAAAAAUAGAGAACGCUGCUAUGGAUGGCUCAUCAAGACGAACCAUUGUAACAGGAAGUCUUCGUUGGCCAAAUGGAUUGACUAUUGAUCGAACAACUAACCUUCUGUAUUGGGCGGAUGCUAAACUGGACAAAAUCGAAGUUUCUAACUUGAACGGUGGUAAUAGAAGAGUUAUUAUGUCAUCUUCAGCCAACAUUUUCCCAUUUGGCCUGACUGUUUAUAAGGGCGUGUUAUACUGGACUGACUGGAUACACAGGAGCAUUUCGCGGUAUGAUUUAAGCAGUGGAAACACGAAUGUAAUCAUCACAGGACUUAGAAAGCCAAUGGACAUUCACUUGUAUGAUUCUUCUGUUAACGUUUCAGGUAUCUUGCACCUGUUUCAGCGUCUAGUACAAAAAAAGUAAUCAAUGCAUACUUUUUCGUCAACCCUUGGAGAGAUACUCUUUUCUUACAUAUUCUAAUGGCAGGCAAAAUGAUCGUGUAUCAGCAUCGGUAUCAUCCUUUAAAAACACAAAUUCUUUUUAUUUUGACACCCAACCCCAUACAACUCAUGACUAGUGUUUAUAAGCCAUUCGCACCAAUUAAGAAGCCAUGGCUAAGUCACCACCAAAUGACCCGAUCGUCUGAGCAAGGAACAGCCAAUGUGAUGUUGCCUGUUUUUUUUUUGUUUUGUUUUCUGAUGAGCCUAGUUCAUAAUCCCCGACAAACGACCUCGAUCUGGUGGUGUAAAAGUAACUUUUCACCUCUCCCUCCCCUAACCUAAUGUUAACCCUAACUUUUUGUUGGAUUGGGGGAGGGGUAUGUAGGUAGUUUAUCAGGUGGCCUCGUCCUGAGCUGGGAGUUUGGAACUACAUUGCGAUAUGGAGAGAUCGGCACUUCGCAAAUCACCUGCUCAAGACGUAACUGUGUGUCCUCUCACUCGGCUGACACCUCAAUCCAACAUUUUUACUAUUUUUAACGUGUCUUAAUAUAGUGUUUAUUUUUACUUCACCAGGUUCUCAUCCGUGUGCUGUUAACAAUGGCUUAUGUAGCGAUUUGUGUCUUCUAAAGCCUAGUGGAAGUUACAGAUGCGCAUGCCCAACAGGCAUUGCACUCAAGUCUGAUGGAAAAACCUGUGAUUAUGGUGAGAUUCAGUGAAGUAGAGGGGGUGGGGAGGGGGGCGGGGGGGCGGACGGGAGGCCAGUAAUAAGCAUAUGUCGUAUACUUGGAUCAUAGGUAUACGAAAAAAGUACGAGCCGGGCGCUAUUGGAGUAUUGCUCCUCCUCUUGAAUCUAAGAAAAUACCUUGAUGUCAGGUUUCUUUUAAGGAAAGGAAAUCUUCUUUGUAAUACUACUUCUACACCUUGAAACAAGAGGAGGGUGGGUGGCGUGGAUCCGUAAAACAUUUAUUUCCCUCAUUUUCUGAAUAUGAUCUUUUGGGCUCCCUCUGAAACAACCUCCAUUAAUUCCCUUCUAAACCUUGUCCUCCAGUCUUUUAUAUAUGACAAGCGUGGUUUUUUGGGAGCCUUCCCAUGACUUCUCCUAUCCUAUUUUUCAAAAUUUAGAACACUGAAUACAACAAAGCCAUGCCAGUAAUUUGAAAAAUAAUGAAUUCAAUUUCAUUUCUUUGUUUCUCUUAGAUACUUUCAAGAGCUUGAGUUCUGACAAGUUCCUGCUUUUCGCAGAAGGGAGCAGUGCACGAAUUUACAAAGUUCCUCUGGCUGUUCCAGAGACUCCUUGCUCUCCUCUAGGGAUCAAAAGCAACAUAUCCAGACCCGUUGCAGUUGAUUACAAUCCAGUUGAAGGCAAAGUCUACUGGACUGACGUGACUUUGAAGCAGAUUGUUAGAUCUUAUCCCAACGGGUCCGAUCUUGAAGUAAUAGCGGAGCGUAAUGUGGAAAAUCCUGAUGGAAUAGCAGUUGAUUGGAUUGGGAGGAAUGUUUACUGGACUGAUUAUCGAACUAGUAAGAUUGAAGUGUCACGAUUGGACGGAUCAUACAGAUUUAGCCUCAUUACAUCUGGUUUGGACAAUCCUAGAGCUGUGAUACUUGACAUAACUGCUAGGUAACAAGAUAAAAAAUAGAGAAUACAACUAAAGGAGAACUUAAAGGUAUAUUUUCGUCAGUAAAAACAUGUUUAAAAGAUGUUCCAGUUUUGUAAGGAAGCACUUGAAGCUUGUAAGGAAGUCUGGUGUUAUAAGGACCCAAUCGGUUUGACCCAACAGCAAAGAAAUCGAGUAUAUCCAGUAAAAUAAUGUUUGAAUAUUUUAUCUUUUGCUGUCCUAUAGAAAGAUGUACUGGAGCGACUGGGGAACGUAUCCCAAAAUCGAGCGAGCUAACAUGGACGGCUCAUCUAGAACAACCCUUGUCAGUUCAGGUUUGAUAUGGGUGAACUCACUGGCUUUGGAUUUCAAAAAGAGGCUUCUGUACUGGUGUGACGCAAGACUUGAUAAGAUUGAAAGAGUAGAUCUUCAAGGAAAUAACCGCAAGCUGAUAAUGGAUUUGUCAAGUCGUAGCGCCCGUUAUCAUCCGUUUGGACUCGCCUUAUUUGAAGAUACACUGUUCUGGUCAGACUGGCUGACUGAAAGCGUUCACAAGUACAACAUGACGUCGUCCGUUAGCAGUGUCCUGGUCUACGGGAUGUAUUACCCUAUGGAAAUUCACAUGCACGAUCACAAGACACUCCCCUCGGGUAAGUGGAAUGUAUUACUACAUGGAAAAUAGUGAUAACAGGCGAGUGAGUCGACACAAACAUCAAAUAUUGUCAAUAGUAGAAGCAGCUAGAAGUAGAUGAAUUAGUGUUCAAACUUAAUUCCCAUUAGUUUAUGAGGUCACCUUAUGUUACACUUCAGGAACUACCAGCUGUUCUCGUUUCAACGGAGGAUGCAGUCACAUUUGUCUUCCAAAUCCUAGUGGCCAUCAAUGUUUCUGCCCCGAAGGAGUGCAGCUAAAGCCUGGUGACUCGUACAUAUGCCAAGGAGGUGGGUGGAUGUCUCCAAUAGUAAUCUGGUUUUUCUUUCUUCUCUUUAGUUUUGGCAAAUAUAUGACUUCACCCUUCAGUGACUUCCCUAAACGAAAGUUUUAGUCUUAAAAAAUCCAUAAUCGAAAACACCAGUAAACGAUAUUGAAGUCUAAAAUGUAAUGUAAUUUUGAGUAUCAGCUUUCCUAACCACAUGCUCUUAUUUUCUUUAUAACGUAGCAAGCCGCUGUCCUCGGCUCUCCGCACCUAGCCAUGGCCGUUUAGGGUCUUGUUCUAAUGUUCCGGGACAAAGUUGUCAGAUAUCAUGUGACAGGGGAUACAUACUGAGUGGGUCAAGUAUACGCACGUGCAGAAAUGAUGGAACAUGGACUGGACUACAAACACAAUGCACCAGUGAGUUGCCUGAGUGA